CGUCGGCCGGCGUCGAGGGCUUUUGCCACGCGCUAGUGGUCGCAUCGCUGCAGCCGGCGCCGCGCCGCAGUCGCUGUCAGCUCCUGGACGCCAUGGCUGCCCCGGAAACGAUGCGUACACAACACUUGGGCAGCCUCGCCUAGCAAUCGGGCAGCCAUGCGGCGCCUCCUCGCGCUGCUCUGCGUCAUACAUGCCGAGGAGGAGAUUGUUUCGAUAGUAACAACAGCAGAAGGAUUUGAAAGAGGCGCCACGGCCCGUCAGCUCCCGGCCUACGAUCUCUACAACCGAGCCGUCCACGCCGCUUCCAUAAAUGACAUGGCGCCGGCCGUGCAGAUGCUCGAGGAGGCUCUUACCAUCUUCCCGGAGAUGCCCGAAGCUCUGAUUAAUCUGGGCAACUUCUACGGUGACCUCAGUGGAGACGGUAAGAUGGAGCUGAGCCAUGCCAUCGACUUGUAUCAAAAAGCUAUUCAGUACGCUGAUUUCCCGCGCAUCACGGCCCAGGCCGAGUCGAAUUUGGGUAAUCUGUUGCAGCGACGCGCGGGCAAAGACCUCCAAGGACUCGCGGAAGCGGCCGAGCAUCUGGAGAAAGCUGUUCAAGCGGACCCGACCUUCAUGGACGCUAGGUUUAACCUCGCUACUUUAUUACAAGAUUUGAACCGCAUCCCGGAGGCGAGGGCGCAAUAUCGGGCCGUUCUCGAGCUAGAUCCGACCCAUGGCAACGCGCGACUCAACCUCGCGAACACGUACUUUGAAGCGGGUGCAAGUGAUGAGGCCGCCAAGAUCCAGUGGACUUUGGUAGAUGACGAUAGUAUAGCCGAAUCUGUGAGAUUGAACGCCUUGAAUAAUUUAGGCCAAACGUAUCGCGACGCGAACCGCCACGGUAUGGCGGAGGAGGUCUUUCAGCGGGCCGUGGAGCUGUUCCCCGAGGACUUCACUUCUCUCGCAAAUCUGUUGAUUGCAAGGCGUACUCUAUGCAACUGGUGGAUGUACGAGGACACGCAACGGUUGUUGGUGGACGCCGCGCGGAAGGCCUGCGAUUUACUAGAUGAGCGGUUGGCUCGGAACGCGUCGAUCCAUCGGCGAGACGUCCAAUUACCGUUGAUGCCCUACGACGCGUCGCUCUUACAGUACGUCGAUCUGGUGCUAGGACGAAGGGUCGCAGCGGCUCGGACGUUACAGAGCUUCGGUAAACGCAAGGCCGGGCCACCACAACUCAAAAGGAGAACUCAAUUAAGGGUGGGCUACCUCUCGUUUGAUUUUAGGGAGCACCCCAUGGGCUACCUCACGAGGCGACUCGUGUCGGAUCCCGUUUAUGUCCAAGCCGUCGCUUUAUCAUAUGGUGAAGACGACGCGUCGAAUAAUCGGGCACGAGCGAAAAGGGGAGAGUUCGUCGAGCUGUUUGACGUGGACGCUACAAAAGCUCACGCGUUGAUGCAACACGCUGACCUCGACGUUAUCGUGGACCUGAUGACGCACACGAGGGGCGCUCGACUUGAGUUAGCGUCUGAAAGUGUCGCACCGUCCGGUUCAAGUUUGAUGGUCUCCUAUUUAGGAUACCCCGGCGUCGCGGGCGGCGUGCACUGGGACUACACCUUGGCAGAUCGUGUCGUGCUGCCGCCGGAACAUGCAAAAGGUAUCGAAGAGCCGCUGAUCUAUCUCCCUUUCUCCUACCAGGCGAACGACUACGCUCCAUCAUCUCCAGCUAUUCUCGAACAAGAUUUAGUACCUCAAAAAUAUAUAAGGUACUGCAACAUCAACCAGGUCGAUAAAUAUGAACCGGUCUCCUGGGGAUUGUGGAUGAAUAUCCUACGAAAAACACCAGGAAGCACGCUAGCUCUGUAUCGCAUGCGGGACCCGCUCGGCGCGCACGUCGUGCGACACCUGUCCGAGGAGGCCGAAGUGCGGGGUAUUCAUCCUCACAGAAUAAAGUGGUUCGAGCGACUACCGAGGAAGCAGCACGCCCAGAGGAUCGCGUCGCAGUGCGACCUAUUCCUGGACCACCUGCUGUACGGGGCGCACACGACGGGGGCCGACGCGCUGUGGGCGGCCGUGCCUCUGCUCACUAUUAGUGGAUGGGGCGGUUCAUUGAAAGAUCAGGCGGGUCGGUUUUCCUCUCGAGUCGGGGCGUCGCUCGUACGCUCCUUGGGUAUGGACAAGUACGUGCUGAUGGAUACGUUAAGGGACUUUGAAGAUGUUGCUGUAACCGUGCCUCGUCAUAAACUUAGAGAGGUAACAUUCGCAGCGACUGCGAGGGAGCCGCUCUUCGACGCGGGCAAUAGCGUGAGCAACGUGGAACGGGCGCUCCAGGCUGUUUACGAAGUGACGCUCGCCGGAGCUUAUGGGUUCCACGUCGUCUCGGACCCGCGCCAAAAGCGCCAGAGUGAUCGUCGACGAGACUGCUGGCGGCGCCAGGCUGCUCAUGCCUUGGGGGGGAAUGAAGAGACGCCAUGCCUAGACGACGCCGACUAUGCUGUAAACAUAGACUACAAGAACGAGAGCGACCCCGGGCCGUCCCUCGAACGUAUUAGGGAGGGCACUUCACACCGAUUCGUGGCCGCCUACCCCCAGGAUCCGAAUGCGCUGGCGUUCCGCGGGUUGUCAUAUCAUUUGAACGGAGAUAAUGAGGCGGCAGUACCUUACUUGCGAAAGGCCUGCGGCGAGGCCCCGUGGACGUCGCACUUCUGGUUCAACUACGCGCACGUCUUAAGGCAAUUGGAAAGACCCCACGACGCGGCGGCGGCGUAUCUUACUGGGUAUCGCGUCGCGGGCCGCGGCUUUGCGGACGAUGCUAUCAGAAGCAAUUUGGAGGAGGCCAUACGAGCGUCGUGUAAAGUUGAGAAACGGUCUGAGCUCGACGCGUUGUUUACGUUAUCGGCGCUCGAGCCGGAGAAUGACAACAGAAGGUUAGGCGUCGGCGCGGCCCUGGACGAUCUAGGGAGAGGUAGUGAGGCUCUAGAAGAGUGGUUCCACGCCGUGCGUCUGAGGCAUGCCACGCUGCAGCAACAGCAUACUGCAGCAAAUGAACUGCGAGCGAGAACAGAAGCGUACCAUGCACGCAUCGCAGCGAGACAACGAAACAAGUUAGUUAUCGCCAUUUUCUGCGACGAGUACGGCCAGACCUGGUGGCCGGCCUGGGGGCCCUCGUCACUGGCGACGAACGGUCUGGGUGGGUCCGAGGAGGCUGUGGUUUUUGUAGCGAGGGAGCUCGUCAAGUUAGGUCAUUCCGUCGAGGUCUACAACGAGUGUGCCGAUGACGAUCUAGGUUUGGAUUCUUAUGGUAUCAGAUGGCUGCGGCACGCGACCUACCAGGACGAAGAACCGCCGGACGUCUUCGUGGCGUGGAGGUACCACGUCUCCACGGCCGUCGUAUCACCAACUUCGAACGUGAAGGUCUACGCGUGGCUCCAGGACCUGCCCGGUUAUAAUUCCUGGACGCCGACGUUUUGUGAUGGGUUAAGCGGCAUCUUCACGCUGUCGCAGUUCCACACCCGCUCUCUGCCUUCUCACGCCCAGUCAAAGGCCUACGAGACGCCGAACGGCAUCGAUCCGACGUUUCUGAGAGAUGGUAUGAACAAAUGGGACUUGUUUGUGUACGGCUCGGCCCCCAAUAGGGGCUUGUACGAUUUGCUGUUGGUCUGGCCUCGCGUCAAAGCAGCAAUACCCUCUGCUGUGUUAAAAGUCUACUACGGCUUUUCGAAGGCCGUCGUCAAGUGGGGCAAGCAGCACGUUCCCAUGUUCGACGAGUGGCGAAACGAAGUUGAGAGAUUACUGGAGCAGGAUGGUGUGAUUCUGGAGGGCAUGGUACCCCACGAUACGCUGGCCCAAGCCUACGCGUCGGCGGGCUUUUAUUUGUAUCCGACGACCUACCCGGAGACGGGCUGCGUGUCCGUGAUGAAGGCCAUGGCCAUGGGCGCCAUUCCCAUCACGUCUCGAUAUGCGGAGUCCGUCGUGCCCGAGCUCACGGACGUGUAUGAUCUCGGUCCGGCAUCUCCCAGAGUCGCCGGGACGCAGGUGCCGGUCACGCUGCUGAACUGGCGGCCGCCGGACCCGGUCGAUGACGCGUGGCGCGACGCGUACGCGUCGUCCAUCGUCGACGCGGCGCGGAAGGCGCGCGACGGCGCGUUAGACGGACAUCGGCGCGACAUGAAGGCCUACGCGCGCGAGCGGUUCCUCUGGAAGCACGUGGCGAAGCGGUGGGAGGACCACUUUCUCGGGAAGGUUGUUUAAGUUUAUCCAUGUUUU